CAUACGACGUCGUCGCGGUCGCGGUGGAUGGAUUGUUGAGGAGUUGAGUUGUCAUCGUUCGGAGUAGUUUUCCUCGGUGGAAAAAGAGUUGGAAAAUCUCCGUCGUGGAUCUUUUUUUCUGUGCUCCGGAGUUCUAGGCUUGGAAGUGUCAUAACAUUCAACCAGGGCGGAAUACACGAACAAACGAAUAGUGCAAAAGGAGUGCCGUGCGUCGACAAGACACGGAAGCCAAAAAAGUGGUCUGCGACGCUCGGGAAAGGAGAGUAGCAGUAGGACGAUUGUGAUUCCUUGGUGCAAGGUUAAGAUUCCGAGGCUUUCGGAGAAAGGCGAGCAUGGCGUGUGUAGAAUAGAGCUAUCCGGGCCGUUACGUCUACUCGAUUAACCUACGAGCCCUUCGUGUAUGCUCGCUCUCGCUGGUGAUAACUAGUCGCUGUCGUCGUAGUUGUGGUCUUCAGCCAGUAAUUGAAGACUAAUCUAAUCAAUGUGUGCUCCCAGUUCAUCAUAGCGGAGGCAAUCCAUCGGUAGCGGUAGCAUCCCGGGUUCUAGCUAACAAAACUGAUGCUAAUUUGAAUGGAGUUACACAGCGAACAGCGGCAGCAGCAGCAACAACAACAACAACAACAAUAUCAACGAUAGCCUCGUCGUCGGUAUGCGGUAUUUUGGUGAUAGGCGUUCCCGAGUUUGUUAUCAGAAGCGAGAAAGACUCGGAACGGUGACGACGUCUACGGCCCGUAUCGUCAAGUGGUACCAUCAUUAUUGACGUUGAAAGAAUCUGAUUACUCACCGGAGGGCAUACGGAUAGUUAUUAUCCGUGCGUGCGUGCGUACAUGUGUACAUUCAAAGAAUCAAUACGAACAAACGAGUAAUAGUUGUUCUCAGUCUGGAUGACGUUGUGGUAGGCAAUUGUAUCCUACUCGAAUAUACAGUUUUGUAAUCGUUCGUAAUACCACCAUUUACCAGUUAGUAGUAUCGUUUUAAAGUGCUCAAAUCAAUCCAUUGAUUGUUGGUGGAUAAAGUGUGUGUUAGGAAGUACCUAUACCUUCGACCAACGAGAAGACUCCGUGUGUAGCUUCUCGCAGUUUUAAGGAAGCCAAGUACAAUCAUGAUAAAAGCAUGUCAGCAGCGAUGAUCUCCAUUGUACACUGUUUGGCAAUAGGGAUACUGAUCUUCUGGUGCGGGAAAUGGAUCGUGCACGCGAUGGCCAUCACCUAUGGCAAGCUGAAACUACACAAAAAGACCACCUCGGCGACGCUGCCACGUGAAACACCUUACCCAUCGGUUUCCAUUCUGAAGCCAUUGAUGGGGAUGGAUCCAAAUCUCUCCAGCAAUCUGGAGACGUUUUUCCUGAUGGACUAUCCCACGUACGAGUUGCUAUUUUGUAUAGAAUCAUCCGACGAUCCCGCAAUCGACGUGGUGAAUCGAUUACGGGAAAAGUAUCCAAACAUCGAGACAACGCUCCUACUGGGAGGAUCCAACGUUGGCGUCAACCCAAAAGUAAACAACCUCUAUCCGGGCUACCUGGUGGCCAAGUACGAGCUGAUUAUGAUUUCGGACGCAGGAAUCCGCAUGAAAUCCGACACCCUAACGGAUAUGGUGAAUCACAUGACCGAACAGGUCGGCCUCGUGCAUCAGAUGCCGUUCGUGUGUGAUCGGGAAGGUUUCGCAGCCGCUUUCGAGAAGAUCUACUUUGGAACAGUCCAAUCGAGGAUCUACCUUUGUGCCGAUCUACUCGGCAUCAACUGCCACACGGGAAUGUCCUGUCUCAUGCGGAAGGACGUCCUCGAUGAGCUCGGAGGAAUCCAGUCGUUCGGAUGCUAUCUGGCGGAGGAUUUCUUUCUGGCCAAAGGCUUCCACGACGCCGGUUGGAAGCUCACCAUCAGCAGUCAGCCUGCCUGGCAAAACUCCGGCAUUUGUGAUAUUAGCAGCUUUCAGGCACGACUUAUACGCUGGGCGAAACUGCGUGUUGCGAUGGUACCCACCACCAUCCUGCUUGAACCCCUGUCCGAGUGCAUCAUCGUCGGAAUGUUUGCCUGCUGGGCAGCGAAAAUCCUAUUCCGAUGGAAUCCACUCGUGUUUUUCCUCAUCCACACCCUGUUCUGGUUCCUGUCGGACUGGAUCCUGCUGUCAAUCAUCCAGAAUGGGUCGUUACCAUUCAACAAGUUCACCUUCUUUGUCGGUUGGGCGUUCCGGGAGCUCAGCGGACCGUAUCUCUUUUUCAAUGCCCUCUGGAACCCGGCCAUCAGAUGGCGGACGAGGGUCUACAAGCUGGCGUGGGGCGGAGUGGCCUACGAGCUAACCUCCCAAAUCAAAUCGUAGCUUACCCACUCACAACACGAAACCCACAAAGCCCACACUCAUCUAACUAUUAUUAUUUUGUGUUAACGAUGUAUAAAGUCUAAUUUAUAAACCAAUCCUACACAUAACGAUAUAUUUUCGAACAUUUUACCUAUAGGGAAGUUUGUUUUAGCGUUUAAGCAAAAAAGAUUCCAACCAAACAGUCGAAUCGCGGUUUUCUACCUUUCGUUCGUACGCAUCUUGUGUAAAUAUUUAUGUAACUGCUAAAAACAGUGUUAUUUACUGAAUUAGAACCCCCCGCGCAUGUUCCCUGGUCGCUACGUUCCUUUCAGUUAAGGCAAGAAUUGAUUAAUAUCAAGGUGAAGAUUCGAUACGCGUCUAAUAAAACAAACAAAAAAUGUCCAAAGCACUA